UUCCCUGCUCCUUCCCCUUUUGUUCCAAGCAGGCGGGGAAGGGGGAUUCGCAGAGCCCAGCGGUAGAGAGACAUUGACUGAGCCUCUUCAGAGCUAGUCCUCACCUUGCUAGGAGGCGAGCCAGCCCCAGGGACUGCAGUGCCUGCUCCCCUCCCCAGGGCCUGUUAGGGAGAGGGGGGAGAUUCUGCUCUAUAGUCCUUGGGCUUGUCUGGCAGCAGCAUCCUCCAGCUCUGGCUGCAUCGGUGUCGUCAAUUCCCUCCUGCUCCGGCUUCUCUCCCUCGCCUGGAUGCAGCCAGCGUUAGCCUGAGGGAGUGGCAGGCUGUAUUCCAGAGGGCUGCAGCCUCCGGCUAGGGCUGUGGGGGGCAAGAGAGGCUUGCAAGCAGCCGGGAGGGCUCCCCCACAGCCCCCCUGCAAGCUGGAUGCUAAGGAGGAAGGAUUGUUCAUGGCAAAGCAUUGUCCUUGGGCCGGAGAAAGAAACGGGCACAGUCCUUACGGUCUGUGACGAUGGAAGAAGGGGUCCGUCAUCUAGAAGCCUGACUGGGUGACAGUAGGAAAACCCUCCAAGAGACGGGCAGCUACUAGCUUGAGAUACAGAGCGGGACAAACAUGCUGAAACCAAGUGGACUUAAAAUUCCUGGCAGGGCAGGGAAACACUCCAGCCCUGUGGGACGGGCUUCGGGAACAGCUGUGGCUGCAGCCACUACUGGCUCAAAGGAAGGCUCACCUUUGCACAAGCAGGGUCCCACCUCCACUGCCAGCGCCGAGAAGCCAGGAUCAAAGGUCACUGAGGUGGGCGAUGACUUCCUGGGAGACUUCGUGGUGGGCGAACGUGUCUGGGUGAACGGAGUGAAGCCAGGCGUGAUCCAGUAUCUUGGGGAGACCCAGUUUGCCCCGGGCCAGUGGGCAGGGGUUGUUCUGGAUGACCCGGUGGGUAAGAAUGACGGCUCCGUUGGUGGCGUACGUUACUUUGAGUGCCAGCCGCUGCAGGGGAUUUUUACACGGCCCUCCAAGCUGACCCGCCAGCCCGUGGCGGAGGGCUCGGGCAGCGAUGCCCAUUCUGUGGAGUCCCUGACAACUCAGAACUUGUCGUUGCACUCAGGGACAGCUACACCACCUCUCUCUACUCGUAUCAUCCCCCUGAGGGAGAGCGUCCUGAACAGCACCAUGAAAACCGGAAAUGAAUCUGGAUCUAACCUGUCAGACAGCGGGUCGGUGAAAAAGGGCGAUAAAGACUUACGGCUUGGAGACCGUGUCCUGGUUGGCGGGACGAAAACGGGAGUUGUGCGCUAUGUGGGCGAGACAGAUUUUGCCAAAGGAGAAUGGUGUGGAGUGGAACUUGAUGAACCUCUAGGGAAGAAUGAUGGGGCAGUCGCUGGUACAAGGUAUUUUCAGUGCCCCCCCAAAUUUGGCCUCUUCGCUCCCAUUCACAAGGUGAUCCGGAUUGGGUUCCCGUCCACCAGCCCUGCUAAAGCAAAGAAGAGCAAACGGAUGGCCAUGGGAGUGUCAGCCUUAACUCACAGCCCCAGUAGCUCAUCCAUCAGCUCUGUCAGCUCUGUGGCCUCCUCUGUCGGUGGCAGACCCAGCCGGAGCGGAUUGCUGACGGAAACCUCCUCUCGCUAUGCUCGGAAGAUCUCUGGCACGACCGCCCUGCAGGAGGCACUGAAGGAAAAGCAGCAGCACAUUGAGCAGCUGCUGGCAGAGCGAGAUCUGGAGAGAGCAGAGGUGGCCAAGGCCACCAGCCACAUCUGUGAGGUGGAGAAGGAAAUUGCCAUCCUGAAGGCCCAGCAUGAGCAGUAUGUCACAGAGGCGGAGGCGAAUCUCCAGCGAGCACGGGCCCUGGUAGAUGGGGUGCAGAAGGAAAAGUUGGAGCUGCUGAACCAACUGGAAGAGGAGAAAAGGAAAGUGGAGGACUUGCAGUUUCGAGUGGAGGAAGAAUCCAUUACCAAGGGAGAUCUGGAGACUCAGACGCAGUUGGAGCAUGCCCGCAUACGGGAGCUCGAGCAGAGCCUGCUGUUUGAGAAGGCACAGGCUGAAAAACUCCUCAGAGAAUUAGAGGACACCAGGUUAACUACGGUAGCAGAGAAGUCUCGAAUCCUUCAGCUGGAGGAAGAGCUGAGUGUCCGGCGUGGUGAGGUGGAGGAGCUGAGACAAUGCCUAAGAAACUCUCACCAGGCAGAGACCCCUGAGCACAAUCUUGGUCUGCAGUCAGAGGCGCUUCGCCUGCGAGACCAGCUGCUGUCUGCCAGCAAGGAGCAUCAGAAAGAGAGCAGCCAGCUGAAGGAGAAGUAUGAAAAGACCCUGAAGAAGCACCAGCAGGAGAUAGAGAAGCUGAAAGCCGUCAAUGAAAAAUAUUCCCAGGAAAUCGUUGACCUGAAACACAAAGUUCAACAAGCCACCAAUGAGAACAUGGGGCUGAUGGACAAUUGGAAGUCCAAGCUGGACACUUUGGCAUCUGACCAUCAGAAAUCUCUGGAAGACCUCAAAGCCACCCUGAACACAGGCCCUGACACCCAACACAAGGAGAUAGUAGAACUGAAGGCCGUGGUAGAGAGCAUAAAGAUGGAGCACCAACUUGAACUGGAGAACCUUAAAGCUAAGCACGAUAUCGAGACUGCGGUUCACAUAAAAGAGAAAGAAAGUCUGAAGCUGAAGCUACAGGAGGCCAGCGACGAAGUGGAAGAAAGCAACAACAACUGGAAAAUGCAACUGGAAACCAAAACAAACCAGCACCUUAUAGAACUUCAGGACUUGAAGGAGAAGUGCCGAGAUGCCGAACUGAGAGUGCACGAACUGGAGAAGCUACACAGUGAAUAUAAAGAUCAGGCUCAAGCAAUAGCUUUCUUGAAAGAGCAGAUUUCUCUGGCUGAGAAGAAGAUGUUGGACUAUGAGAUGCUACAGAAAACAGAAGCCCAGAGUAAACAGGAGAUCCAAAGAUUGCAGGAAAAUAUGCUUGUCUUAGAGAACAAACUGCAGUCCAUGGAGGCUCUGCAUCCUUCUCAGCAUGCCAAUAUGAUUGAAACUAAUGAUAUUUCAGAAGAGAAGAUAAAGAUGAAGGAGGCUAUGGAAGAACUGCAAGAUAAGCUGAGUAAAAGAGAUAAAGAGGUGUCGUCCCUCCUCUCCCAGACUGAAACUCUAAGGGCCCAAGUAAGUGCAUUGGAAAAUAAAUGCAAAGCUGGAGAGAAGAAAGGAGAUUCUUUGUUGAAGGAAAAGAAGCGAUUGGAAGCUGAACUGGAGACCUUGUCCAGGAAAACGCAUGAUGCUUCAGGCCAGCUGGUCCUGAUUAGCCAGGAGCUACUCAAAAAGGAAAGGAGCCUGAAUGAGCUGCGGGCUUUGCUGCUGGAAGCAAACCGUCACUCGCCCGGGCCAGAGCGAGACCUGAGCCGAGAGGUGCACAAAGCAGAGUGGAGGCUGAAAGAGCAGAAACUCAAAGACGACAUCAAAGGCCUGAGAGAAAAGCUGAUAGUGCUGGAAAAAGAGAAAUCGGUAGUUGAUCAAAGGCGAUACUCCCUCAUUGAUCCUUCGUCAGAGUCUGAGGUUCUCCGGCUGCAACACCGACUGGUCAGCACGGAGGAUGUCCUACGGAAUGCACUGGAGCAGGGUCAGCAAAUGGAGAAACUCAUGGAGGCCAUGAGGAGUUCUUCGGAGAAAACACAGACUCUUGGAAACUCGGGAUCUGCUAAUGGGAUCCAUCAGCAGGAUAAAUCCCACAAGCAGGAGGAGAAGCACUGAUAGAGAAGAAGAGGUGGAGAGAAUCAUUUCAUGCCAGUAUCUACUUCUGCGCACCAACAGGAAAAGGAUGCACCUCCUAAAGACUAGCGACAGUAUUUUAACUUUAAAAACAGGACUGUUUAUAAUGUACUAACUGACCUAAGUAGGACAAUCCCCUGGUUCGUAUUUUCCAAGACGAGCAUCAUUCCAGAAGGAGCGGUAUGGCAACCUACCUGUGUAAAGAUCCUUUUGUUUUGCUUUCUUAUCCGUAUCGGUAUUGACUGUGGAAUUUGUAUCGGCCGAGUGAACAGUCUCCAUUCAUCCCACCUGAACAAUGUGGUCUGGUUGAGAGCUGAUGGUGGCUGAAACUUCAUCAGUGAUUCCUAGACCCCUAGAGGAAAUGUAAAAGGGUUUGCCUGAGGCACCAGAAAAUUCCUAAGUAUGUUCCCAAAGGCUGCACUCUCCACGCCAGGUAAUCCCUGUCCCUCUCUCCCCACCCACCCACUCACAUAGUAUGAAGAACUAAAGAAAUGAGUCAGAUCUACUAGGCUAGCUGUGCUCAAGCCAGUAAGAAUGGAUCAUAGAAGAGCUGUUGGGACAGUCCUCCCCCUUCCCUGCAUAGAAGACCUCUCAGCUGUAGACCAUGGAAACUCCCCUUAGUACUGUAUGAUAGCACAGGUGGUACCUCACCUGAUUUCAGGUGAUAUAAUUUAUUUCAGCUGUUUGUGCAUCAGUGUUUACUCUGAGUUGAUGAAGGGGAGAGAGCCUCUGGUGGGGGUGAGUACAGGUCUCCUUAGCCUCUCUCCUCUGAGAGAUCUCUUAGUAGGACCGGCUGUGCCGGGGCCCAGAGCCAGGGCCCAUGGGUGUGUUGUGGCAUGCGGUAGCUCUGCAGGCCUGUACACAGCAAAGCUUUAGAGGUAGCUGGCUAGAACCUUUGUAUGCCUUUUGUGAGGGUCUGGGUAGAAAACCCACACACAGGAUGUAGUCGCAUCGGACAGACGCUGCUAGGCUCUGAUUCCCUCUCCACUGCUAUCCACAGAAUUGUAAUCACUAGCUGGAAGAGUUGGGCUACCUUGCAUUAGGCUGCUUUGGGGUUGCCCCUACCAGUCUCAGUUGUCUUUGGCUCUUCAGUACA